AUGAUCUCUUAUCCUCAUGUACCUCUCGAACACAAGAAGAUUCCAACAGUUGAUCUACCUAUUGAAAUUGCCAAGAAAAAAAUUGUCCGAGUCGUUUCUUGUCAAGAAAAAAUUGAUCUCUCGCUAUUGCAAGAGCGAAUUCGAGCUGGUGGUCGUGCACUUUGGGAUCCGACACAUCAAAGGACUAAUGUAUCAGUACGUCGUGCUGGUCACGAUAUGUGGGGUAUUGACAAGGUUGUAUUUAUUUUUGGAGAUGACUAUUUGAAGAAAGUCUAUACGUUUCCGUGGUUUUACUCAUGGCAGAAGGAACUUGUCGCGAUCUUUGAGCAGAUUAAUAUCCCUCUCAAUCGUGUUGUUCGCUGCAUCCUUGCGUCAAUGCCACCUGGAGCUGAAAUUCCUGUACAUCAUGAUACUGGAUCCUGGGUGCAGUUUACGCACCGUAUGCACAUUCCCGUGUUCACGAGCUCCGAUAUCGACUUUUAUGUGGGCUGGAAUGACCAGAAUAUGCAGCGCUAUGAGUUCAAGCAAGGCAACGUUUAUGAGCUCAACAAUAUGUGUCGUCAUCAUGUCAAGAAUAAUUGGGACAAGCAUCGUGUGCACAUGAUCUUUGAUUAUGUCGAAGAAGGCUUCCAAUUGAAUCGCAUGGACCUCAAGCCAGGUACGGUUGUGUGGCAGACGCGUCGCUCAGUGGACCUUUCUGUGGACUAUGGCAAGCGCGCACCGCCGUCGUUUGUUAUCAUUGGCGCGCAGAAGGCCGGCACCACGUCACUGUAUGACUACAUCUUGCAGCACGACCUCGUGUGGCCUGCGAAGCGUAAGGAGACCCACUAUUUCGACUGGCGGUGGAAUAAAGAGUUGCCGGAGGCAUCGACGCCUGAGGGCGCGAAGCAACAUAUUCGGUACUACGAGGACACCUUUUUGGAGAGGAAAGUUUUGUACCGGUUCCCAUCGUUGAUGUCGGGUGAGGCUACACCAAGCUAUAUGCUCGGAGGAACGACAGUGAUCAGCCGUAUGAAGCAAGUGAUGCCGCAUUGCCGCAAUAUUCUUGCCAUUAUGCGUAACCCUGUCGAGCGAGCGUACUCGCAUUACUCAAUGACUGCUGAUAUUGAAGGCUCCGAGAAGCAGCUGCGCAACCGUGGCCAUCAUCACCUUAAUGGGCGCAACUUUGAGCAGAUUGUCGAUGACGAGAUUGAAGAGCUCUCGAAACUUGGUGUGCACCCGGAUAUGGCUUUUGCAGACUUUGAUGACAAAGUGAUGCGACAGCGUCUCGUCUUUGACCACGGUGCACACUCUUUUGUAGCCCGCGGACUGUACGCUUUGCAGCUGGCUGGCUGGAUAGAGGCAUACGGAAAGGAGAACGUCCUGCUGCUUACUCUCGACGACUUCAGAACCACUGAGAAGCUCUAUACCACUAUGGACACGGUGUUCAAUUUUUUGGAUUUGCCAUACCACCGUAUCAAGGACAUUUCGGCCAAGAACACGCGCAAGUACGACCCCAUCAACGAUGCUGUUCGUGCCAAGCUAGCCGCCUUCUACGCGCCAUACAACGAAAAACUCUACGCGAUCAUCGGCCGCGAUAUGGGCUGGUAG